UUUUUUAUUCAACUUUAAACUUAAAGCACACUUUAUGCAAGAAAAAAGUAGAAUUUCAAUCAAAUUAGGGUUAAAACGUGCAAAAUGGUUAAGAAAAUACCGUUCAAAGUGAUUUUCGCUUCAGAUGAACAAACAGACUUUCCCGCAAGCGAAUUGAACACUCAUGGACCCACAGUGCAAGGAUGGCGUUCGAAUCCUGAGAAUAACACGCCGAAAGAGAUCCUUUUGAAGUUGGAUCAUCCUGCGAGGAUAUCAAAAAUUCAAGUUUUAGCUCAUCAGUACUUGAUUCCUGAGCGAAUUGAAUUAUGGAUCCAUUAUUCGCCGCAAAAGUGUGCUCCAUGUACGCCAAGUAGUCAAAGUUUCGAAUAUAUGGGAUUUGUAGCGUUAUCGGACAAUGCGAACAGCAAUUAUCAAUCACGUGAGUUGCAAAGUGUAUCUGUCGAACCGAAAAUCGGGACACAUUUGAAGUUGCGGAUAGGUCCGUCGUAUGAAAAUCCUCAAAAUCCACAGAGACAAGCAGCUUUACUUGCGGUUAAUGUCUUGGGAGAAGAAGUUAUGCCGUGCGAUGGGGAUUUGAAUCAACUUGUAUCGAAACCUGCUGAAGCAACGUACGAUUCGAUCUGCGAUGAUUUGUCUUUUUGCAUGUAUGUCGAGGAAAGUGUCGCCGAAGUCGUUCGUCAAAUGGAAAUGUUGAAGCAUAAAGCGGUUCAGGACGAAAGAUUCGAAUACGCGCGAAAAUUAAAGCUUUGUAUGACAUCCUUACGAAGUGCAGGCGAACGAUUGGGACGUUAUGCACUCGCGAAACGUCAAGCUGUGCAAUUGGAAGAUUUCAAUGCUGCCUGUUUGCGCAAAGAACAGAUCGAAAUGUACCGAAAUUCGGUGUUCGAGUUGCUUCAAGUCGACAAAUUGCUCGAAAAAGAUGGUUUAAAUCCCGAUAACGAUGUUUGUUCGGAACUUUACACAUCGAAACCCGUUCUUCCGUCAGCGCCAAGUCUUCAAGAUGUUGCCAAUGUACUCAUGAAAAAUGUCAUCCAAAUUCCCUUUGAUCCGCCAGAGCCGUUAGACUUGAAUUCCGAAAGUUCUUUUGAUCAUACAGCGACUUCAACGACGGGGCAUCAACGAAAAUCAUCACUUUCUUCGUUGAAAAGUCACAGCGAUGCUCCCGGAUCGCCUCUUUUCAACGGAAUAACACGCAGUCCAAAAACCGCAUCGCCAACUCCAAGUUCGACGGGAUCCAUUCGACGUCGAAACAAAAGUCUCCCACGAAAUACGUACGACGAUUACGACGAACGGGAAAUCCCGACGUUGAGACAUUCGCAAACGAACGAAUAUCUGAAGGAAUGUUACGCGCCAUCGCCAACAAAUCAAGGAGAAGACUCCAAAUUGCGUGGAAGAUCGAAACUAAAUGACAGAGAACGACGUCAAGCAUCGUUGCCAAUUCUCGUGUUCGGCAAUGAGUUUAUUGAAAUGUUCUAUUCACGUCAAUUUCAGGAUAGGGAAGAAGGAUUAACGCGUCUUCGGAACAUUUUGAAGGGAGAAAGUGUUGAAGUUUGUACAGGAGGGCCAAAUAAAAUUGCGCGAGCAGCAACAUUUUUACUCCAUCGUUGUGUGCGAGAUGUCGUUUUUUCCGUUUUUGCAACUGCAACGGAGACGAUUCGAACGUUAUUCAUGGAUUUUGUACCCAAUAGAGUAUCCGUUAGUGAAGUCUCCCGUUUGACAGACAAAUUAUUGCCCGAGCUUUUAACAAAAACAGGAGAUCCAUCGCCAAGAGUGCACAAUUUGGCGCAACAUACCAUCCUGACAAUUGCUGAUUGUCCUCAAGUGCGGGAGCAACAAUUGGUUACGCCAGCCCUUGCGAGAACGAUUAGUAGCGGAACACAUCCACGUUUGGCUCUUUCACGCCUUCAAAUGUUGGAACAAUUAGUUCUCAGUCAAGGAUUAACGAGAGAAAAAUCGAGCUUAACAUUACAAUUCAUCGAAGCAGCAAUUUCAGGAAUUCAUCAUCCUGCCGAACAUGUGAGAAAAGUUGCUGAACGAAUUUUACUUUUAAUUUAUAAACAUCAACCACGUCUUGUGAGGAAACAACUUCCUCCUGAUGAUGACAUUACCCGUCGAAAUCUUUUAUAUCGACAACUUUUCUCAGAAUUUGACAAAAUCGAUUCAGAACGACGCAAAGAAAUGACAGAAAGUAAGAUGAUGGAUAAAUCUUACUUGAGUAUCGGGACAUUUUCUCCUCCUUUAUCGGGAAGUUCUCGCAGUUCUCCGCCCGUUGAUGUCAAAUUCAAGGCACGACAUGAAAAUCGAAAUACCGUUAGUUUUGCCGGAUAUAAAACUCCAACGAAUGACAUCAACGCAAUUGACGCCAAAUUACUCAAAAGCAAAUCCGGCAACGCCAUCGACAAGCUAAAUCAAUUUCUGAAGGAUGUCGAGACACAUAGCAAACAAAAUGGAGCAGUUGGCGGUACAAUGGAACGAGAAAAACGCGAAUUUGUCUCUCGUAUUCCUCAGUCAAAGACACGUCACAGCUCGAGAAAUAAGGAAAGUCAUCAAAAUGGGAAUGGAUCGGAAGCUUGUACGCCCGCAGAACAUCAAAUUAUCUGUACUUUUUGUGAUUGGACAUGCAACGAUCCCGCAGCUCUUGAUCGACAUUAUUGGAAAACGUGCCCAAUUUUGACGAAAUGUCCUCAGUGUUCAUUAAUUUUGGAGAUUGCGGCGUUGAAUUCACAUCUAAUAAAUGAAUGUGAUGCCAAAGAGUCUUAUUUGCCAUGCGAAAGAUGUUACGAGUCGGUUCACAAAGAUUUGUAUGAAUAUCAUCUCAUGGAGGAUUAUUGCAUAGAAGUCACAAAUGGCGCAGAUCGUUGCCCCUUAUGUCACGACGAGAUCUUUUUACCGAUGGAAGGAGGUUGGCGACGACAUUUGCUCGGAAAAUCAGGUUGUCGCGGAAAUCCUCGAACAAAAUCAAAACUAUAAUAUGACCAGAUAUGAACAAUUGCCUUGAAAAACACACGCUGCAUUCUUUUGCACAUCAGAAAUAAUCAAACGAGUUCCAUUUUUCGUCCUACAGAAAAAGUCAAUCCAUUCAAUUUACUCACGUCCUGUUGAAAAAAUAGCAAAAAAGUUAGAUAUAGAUGAAUUUAUGUUUGAAAAAUAUUAGAAAAUAGCCAAAUAUGAUGUUUGUAGUUAAAGUUCUUCCGUUUUCUGUUACGUAUUUGAAGAUUAAUUGUUGUCAAAAGAUCAACUUUUUGUGAUAUUUUUUUGAAUUUCUGUGAAUUUACUAUCCGUCGACUUCGGAAAACGCAUAAAAAAU